CUGCUGAUUUAUAACUUACGUCACGUAGAGGAGCGGCCUGUGAGCCAAUGCGGAGGCAGCUCGGCGUGUCGGGGGCGGGGCUGUGGCAGUGGCUGUGGAUCGGUCGCAGUGAGGGGAUGGCUGCGGUGAAGGUUUCGGGGUCUCGCUGUGGGUGGAGGGCGCUGUGUCUGCUGGUGACGGCGCUGUGUGUGGUGCACCAUGCCAGCGCUGUGGAGGUAUACGUACCGGAGGAGGUGUCUGUUGAGAACGGCACACAUGCCAAGCUGUCAUGCACUUUCAAAUCAACAGAGUUGACCGUCACCAAAUUAUCUGCCACAUGGAGCUAUACAGGGGAGGCUUCCGGAUCCAAAAAGAUCACAAUUUUCCUUUAUACUAGUGGGACACCCUACCCAGGGACGGACAGCCACUUUAAAGACCGGAUCACCUGGGCCGGAGACCUCAAUAAGAGGGAUGUUUCCAUCAAGAUAGACAAGAUAAACUUUAAGGACAAUGGCACCUAUUCCUGUCAUGUCCACAACCCUCCUGACAUCGUGGGGUAUGACAAGGGUAUUAAGCUCCGGGUUGUGGAGAAAGGAAAUCUCCCGGUGUCCAAUGUACCGUUCUUGGUUGGUAUAAUAUGUGCAGCUAUUGGCGGCAUCCUGCUCAUCACCAUCAUUGUUUCUGCGGUCGUCAUCACAAAGAAGAAAAGGUCUAGGAAGGAUUACUCUGGCUGCAGUACAACAGAAAGCUUGAUGUCUCCUGUUAAGCAGCCUCCACGCAAGUCUCCAUCCAACGCUGAGGCUUUGGUAACCAACGUCCCCUCUGGAACUGUGCAGGGGCCGGUAAUUUACGCUCAGCUGGAUCACUCGGGAAAACUUGGCGACCAGAUCAACAAAUCAGAAACUGUGGUCUACGCCGACAUCCGGAAGAACUGCUGACUCUCCUGCCUUGGUUACAUACAUAUAUUCCAUAGACUACUGCUAAAAUGGGGCUCUUACGUGGCACGAAACAAUUGUCGAUCACAUGCCAUGUGCAGCCCUGCCAACCGGGACCAAUGCAUGUGACUGUAUCGGUGUGUAUUGUAUACGUGUGUGUAUCACAAAGUGCGCUUUAAGGAGCACUUGCGCUGUCUUAAGAAGUUACAGUGAUGGUUUAAGGCCUAUAUUUUAGUCUGAAUUCAUAGCAGCACUACAGUUACCAUUCGCCAUCCCAUGUGGGGUUUUUUUUUUUGGCUGUUUUCCUAGUUCAUAUACAUAUCUGAAGCUCAAUGUAAUGUUCAGGUGCUUGCCGAGACAUCUUUGUCGAUAAGUUAUAUAAUGAAUUAUGGUAUUACAGGUUUCCUUCCAAAACUCCUAUCUGUGAAGUAUAGCCAUACUCUGCUCUACAUACUGCAGGGAGACCUAUAUUCUGUAUUUCUUAUUUGGUGAUAAAUAAGUGCAAUUAAUAUCUUGAUUACAAUCCAUAUGUAUCCGUUGCUGUAGCCUUUCGGUGCAUUACUCCAACCCCAUGCAUAUAAGGCUCUUCCGAGACUGUAGGAUCAAAUGCCGCAUUCUGCAAAAAACUUUUAUUAGAAGGUCUAUGAGGAAAUCUGUUUGUCACCACCUUUGUCACGUAGACACGGGAGAGACGGACAUCACAAACUAUAAGAGGCUUUUCUUGCUGCAAAAGUCGUGAAUCUCUGUCCUGCGCAUAGUAAUCGCCUGUUGUGUAUACCUGUGAACUCCAACUGCUAAACUCUCUGAUAUAAUAGAACUUUUGUACAUACGCUAUUUAAUGUAACUCAGAGACCAGUGCUGCAUGUCUGACUGUGCUUUUGCCAUAUUUUUCUAAUAUAUUUAAAAAAGAAACAAAAAUUAAAAACUGGAAAAAAGGGAGAAAGUUACUUAGAAGUCUGGUGCCAGAACUGGCCUGUGAGGUGGGAGGCUGACACAACUAUUGCAGAGUGUAAUAUAGCUGCUUUAGGAUCCUGAAUGUUGACCAUAGAUAACGGCGUGGACGCAGCCAUUGUGUGGCUUGGCCCAAUAAUCGGGAAAAUGUAGCGUUUCAUUACACUUGGAGCCACUAAACGGUUUUGGAGAGCUCUGACCUGAAACUAAGCUUUCCAUAGAUCAGGUGUUUUUCAGUACUCUACAGUUGCAAAUAGAAAUCUACUUGCACAGUGCCUAACAUCACAUCAUUAUGGCGAUGAGCGCGGUUAUAAAGGUUCUGCUCUUGCCAUGUGGUUUCCUUGGUGCCUGCGACUCCUGCUCCUUGUGUCCACCCCAUACCCAAUGUCCUCCACUAUGUGUAGGUGAUGGUACUAAAUCAACACAUUAUGUAGGUGCCAUGAAUAUGUACUUGGCUGUGUAAUUAUUGUAAAUUGUAACAUGCUGUUUUUAUUUACUUGUUUUCUGAUUUAGGUGUUGUAUUUUGGAAUAUUAGCUAGUAGUACUUUGUCAGACCUUCUUAUGUCUCCUUUGAGUGAGUAUCGGAGUCGGUCCUAACCCAUGAAAGCAUAUUUAAGCUGUAACCAGCUCCAUAUUUUUGUUUUACAGUGACUGUUGCAUUAACAUUACAUUUUGUCAGCUAGGCAAAUCCUUAAUCAUAUUAAAGGGUAACCACUCAAAUGACUCUCUGCCUCAUUAAAAUGGUUUAACUGAGUACUAAAUUAUACUGGAAUCCUUCUACUUGCAGUAUGAUUGCUGCCUGAAAUUGCCUGUUGAAACCUCCUAACACGCUUGCUGCAAUAUGACCGAUUGUAAAUAGCAGACCUUUCCAACGACGGUAAUCAUAGAAACAGUCAAUGCAUUGCACGAUUGUCUGUGUUUACUGGUUUUGUCAGGGAUCAUAAAUUAUUAGCAUACUUAAAUAGCAGCAGCAAUUGUGAGAUUAGGGUUUACAACAGGUGAUUUUAGGCAAAAGUCCUUGACUUUGGACGACUACAGAUCCAGUAUAUAAACAGACAGUAGUCCUUUUUUAGAAAUAACUAAUGUAAUUUGGCUGUCGUUUUUAAAUGACGUUACCCCAUUGAGUAAUCUUUGUAGAUGGUGAUCAAAGACAGACUGGAGAUGAUGGAAUUAUCAGGUAAACAGAGGGAAAAGAAGUUUACAAUGACCUCUCUGGCUGUAGAGAUACGGAUAUGUCCACUUAAAUCUACCCUCCCUGCACGUUAAACAGCUCUUGGCGUGACUGUCUUUACAUGCAACAUUCUCCAUUAAAGCGCGUCUUGGUUGCAAAACAAUGUGAAUAGGAUGCACAAGCGUCUUAUGCUGAUUAAAAUGACAUAUGGCAUGGCUAUAUUCUGUGUGCGACCGCGGCUGUUUGCAUACAUAGCAUUUUGUAUGCCGAUACAGCCGCAGAUGCACAGAUAAUAUAGGCACGCCAUGUUUCAUUGUAAUCAGCAGAGUCUACUUGUGCAUAGUGUUUGCCUAGCAGUGCAAAUAAGAUGCCUCAACGCUAACGGAGUUGCACGGGACCUGUCGGCUCACUCACGCCAGGUAUCUCCCGCUGUGUGGCAUAUUGAGACAAGAUAUGAGGACAUAAUCGUCUGGCUCUCCCACUAAUCACUGCUCACAUUCCUAUCUAAAUCAUGUCACCUGCUAACGUAAAACAUUUUAUUCAUGAAAUAACACAUGAAUGGUGAAUGCUCAUCCUUCUUAAUAGCAAAUAGGGUACCAGGAAGCACUGUGGGAUAUUUCAAUGAUUAGGAUGUAGCUGCCAUUAUUGAUCUAAGAAACCAUUGUCCUGAAUGGUGGUCCAGACUACAGCUUUCAGAUAUUUUGUGUUUUGUUUUAUAAAAAUGAAUACUCCGUAUUUGUGGUUAUCCAGCGCUUUCUCGAAUGUGUAAAAGCUGUUACUGCUUUGUGUCCUGAUUCACAUUUUGUAAACUGGAAUUUAUUUUGUAUUCAUUUCUGGAAUUGCAUUCACAUGUCUGCUGUAAGGUGUGUGGGUCACAUGAUCUGCAAACUCCUCUCCUCAGCGCCCUCACCUGCGAGGGGACACGUACCGGCGGCUGGAGUAGAUCUCGUAUAAAUGCAAUUGUAAAAGGAUAUUUUCUGUAUUUUCACAGUUAUUGUACUGGAAUAAAGUUAUUUUACACUUCA